AUGGCUCUUUUUACCAAAGUUGACAUGCUCUAUCCACCUGUACUAGUCGUUUUCCCAAACGCUGGGGGAAGUUCAGACCAUUCCCUCGUAAGCUUUAUUUUGUUAUAAGAAUUGGAUAAUAGCUUAUAUUACAGUUAUCAAUCAUCAUUCUAAUCCCCGUGAAGAAGACCCUGAGGGCAACAACUUUGACAUCAAGUUUAUUGCGCAAUCGGUAUUUCAAAACCUCAAAUUAAUUCCUCUGUUAAACAAGGACUUCGAUAAUUGUUUUCCAGAAUAAAGGCAUCACCAGUCCGGGCGGACCUUCUCCUUCCCUUCCAAUCAUAUUUUUCGAUUACUCAUCGGUCCGAAUUCUCCUUCUCCGUUGCUUUGACAUUCUCUAUAUUUGUACUUUAA